AUAACGCCAACGCGCCCGCCACCGGCGUGCCAGCCACUGCCACCUUCUCUGGCGCACGCAAGAACCCUGCCGCACCAGGCCGUAACAACCAUCCCAGCCAUCCCUCGCCUUCGCCAAACGCAGCCGAGAAACUCAACUCCACUGCUACCGAACCUACACAUCGAAACGCACUCGCCACCGCCUCUGCCCGGAUACCCGAGCCUGACUCCAACUUCAGCUUCUUCACCCCCGCCGGCGCCAGGCCCCCCGCCAGGGGGCUACUACUGCCCCCGGCCAGGGGGGUACUACUGCCCCCGGCCAGGGGGCUGCUGCUGCCCCCCGCCAGGCCG